AUGUCUCCUCCCAAAAACACCCCCAACAACAGCGGUAAUGGUCUAACGCCAAGCACGACCACCACUGCCAGCGACAAUACUCGUUCGGGUUCGCCCGUGGUGCAUCCGAGGCGACAUUUCCACUCAAUCACUUCAUUUGUUGGCAAAAAGAUCGAGGCAGGUAAUCAACAAACCAACAAAUUCUUUUCUUCUCUAUUGUCUGCACUUCCGAAUCCCAAUACUCCAAAGGUUGUUCCGAAUGUAAAAAUUCCUCUAGUGAAUGAAUUGAAACAAGCUAAUUCUACAGUAGUGAAGAAAAUCAAACAAACAACAAAAAAUCAAAAGAUUGGAAUUUCAUUUUCGGAAUGGAUCAGUUUUAGAAAACCAAAACAUGAAACGGAAGAGUCGAACGUACGGCAGUUGUCAAAGACAUCUUCUAUGAGUAGCAGUAUGGAUGAAGAGAUUGGUAUUAAUCUUUCACAAUUGCUUUCACAACUAGAUGACUUGGAUCAAGAUGAUGACAUGGAGAAGUACACAAGAUUCGAAAAGAUGGAAGCUUUCCGAAUGUGUUUGCAAUGUGUGUACAUGCCAUUGUUUCCUCAAUUGUCUCUUAGUAGAGAUGACAAGCUUGAAACAUCCAAUGAUAUUGACCUUAAUCUGCUAAAGCACACUCUCAAGGCCAGUUUUUCUGGUGUUGUUAACGAGAGAGAUUUUAAUGAGGCUUGGAGAAAUAUUGACAAUCAAUACUUUCCAUUUCGAUCGAAAAAUACGAUUGCUCAGAACAGUGUUGGAAGUGACCUUGUGAAAAAUGCAAUUUUAUUUCGGAAAUAUUUGGCGGAGAAUGAUUUGAAUCCAAUGUACAAUAUGAAGAAGUAUGCAAACCAAGCAGAAUAUCAGAACUGGAAGAGAGAUGAGCUGAAUCAAAUAUCCAUUUUACUCAACACCAUUGAUCAACAACGAACCUCUGUAUUUUUAGGAAGUUUUAAUUUGAAUCUAAAUAUGCUCACACUUUAUAUUCAAAAAGCUUUCAAAAAAAACGCCACCGACAAGCGUCAAAUAUUCUACAAGCUAAGCUUUGUAAAACAUGUAAAUACUCCACCAAUUGUGUUCGAGUCUGACAAAAUCGAAGAAGAUGGAAUGAUUGUAAAUGGAAGAAAGGAUAUUUCUCUCCCCACUAUUCAACACCAAAUUACAACCUCUGUCGAAGAUCAAGACAUUAUCAUUGAUUUUUACCACUCGCAACUAAAAGGUUUGAAAAAAACACAUUUUUCCACAGCAAAAAUUAGUUUAUCCAACAUUAUGAGAAAAGUAUAUGACGAGGAGGGUAUUUGGGGGAGCACCAAAUUUUCAAAUAUCAUAGAUUGCUACUCUACCGACUCUAGCCCUUCUAAUGAGAACAUCAUUGGAUGCUUAUCAAUAUCUGGUGAUGUUGCUUUUAGGAGAUACCCUAAAAACGCUGUCGUGCAAACAGACUUUUCGAAAGAAAGCAGAAUUGAUUGGAUUGAGCAAUACAAAAUUGUACUCCAGUACCUCAUUAAGGCAAGAGAAAAGUUGAAAGACACUCUAUGUGAAGCAUUCUUAUGCCCUAGCCAAGCAUGGAUUCUGAAUGACUUUGAGAAGCGAUAUGGAAUCACUGAGACGUAUAAGCGAUUGAUAUAUUUGGAGGUAUUCGCCUCAAACAUCAAAUUGGCUAUAACAUUCUCAGAAGACUUACAAAAAUGUUUAGAACUUCUUGAUAAUAAUAUUGAGAGUAAGCAUUUUCAAAUGACGCUGUCAGAGAGAAACAGAUAUUUUGAUUUGACAGAAAUUUUGGUGAAAAAGAUUGAGAAAGCUCUCAAGAAAUUUAUUUCCAUGUUUCCAAAGAAUCAGCCAUCUGGAGCUCUCAAAUCAUUUGUGUUUAUUCACCACCUUCUCUGCUGUGAAUAUAACAAUCGUAUUAGCGAAAAUGAUUACAAAAAGAAGCUCAAACACAUUAUCAACACUGCACUUCAAGAUCAUUUGGAUUUAAUUCUCAAGGAUAUCAUGACAAGCUUGGGAAUUGAUCAAAUUAAUGGUCCGGUAUUGGUAGAAUUGUGCAAAGAACUCGUGACUGUGAUUGAUUCAAUAUUCUAUUACUGUGGAGUUUUUCCAUUUGAAACAUUCGAAAUGGAUUGUCUUCAAUUCUAUUAUACAAAAUUUGAAUAUUUCAUCAAUGAAUGUAAAAAGAAUAAUACCAUUAAUGGAUUUUACAUGCUCAGCUUGUGUAGUACCAUGAAAGCUCUUCAUGAAGAAAUUCGAAAUGAUUUUCCAGAGAAAGAUCUCGAGAAAUUCAAAUUUAUCGAUUGCCAAGCGCUCAGUGCUGGUUAUGCGGAUCGAUACAUUGGAGAAUUGAGAGACGUGUUAUCAAAAUGGAUCAAACAGUCGAUUGCCGUAGAUACUUUUAAUCCCGUUACAGAAAGCACCAUGCAUAGCACCUCUGUCGUGGACUACUUCACCUCUGUGAAUCAAGUCUUUGAAAUGUUAAAACAAUUGGAUUUCUCAAAUUCAGAUUUAUUUAUGAGAUUCUCCGAGUUGGUCAUUCAAAUCACAACUACCGAAUAUGCGAAGAAACUCUCAGAUUUGUGCCUUAAUGAAAUCCACACAAGCCAAACCAUGAGUAAUCAGUUAGAAUCGGAAAAACGAUCCUCUGGAAUGCUCUUCAAUCUCAUACCAAAAGCAUUAUCGAAAGGUUUAUCUUCUUCCUCUCAAAUUAAUAUUCUUCCGAUUGGAAUUUCCAAACAGUUUGUGAUUCGCCUCAAUGAUAUUGAAGCCUGUAGACAAAUGUUACGAGAUGUUGUUCAAACCAUUUUCGAUAGUACUGCAUGGCAAGAAUAUGAAGAACACGAAGAUGCACUUUUAGUUAUGGAUGCCACUGAAGAUGGUGACAUUGACUUUGAUGCUCUCGAAAAAAGGUCCAAUGAAAAGUCAAAAAUGAUCGAAGAAGAGUUCCAGAAAAAGUCAAACAUGACCAUUCAAAAAUUCUCAAAGCAAUUCAACGAAAUGCUCUUCGAUUUGACAUUAAUGACAGCAAACAUUUUUCAAGCUUCUAUUCGAAAUACAAUUACACAUAUUUUACAAGAAGCCAAAAAAGACCUACAGAAAGCAUCGGGAAAAACAGAAGUCCUCAAACUCUUUCAACACAAAUCCGAUAGUUUGCUUGAAAACACUUUAUUUACACCAAUAUUAACCCCCGCACUCGAAGUCCUCUCUCAAAAUUGCUUACCUGAACUCUUCCAGAAAAUUCUCGAACGUCUCUUUACCAUUGUAGUUGAAGAGUUGUCUCUCAUGUUAUUUGAUCCAUCCAAUUUCACAAAAAAGCAACAAGAUCGAGUAUUUCUCACUCCUCAACAAGUCUAUGUAUUGGAAUCCAUGUUAGAAUUAUUUAUUAUUUAUUUCUGUGGAAAUGAAGAGAAUCAAAGUAACAAUGAUGACUCUUGUGGCAUCUUUUCAAAGGCUUUUGUCAAAAGUAAGAGCAUGUUAUUGACCAAAUUGUGCAAACUUUAUAAUCAACCGACCGAAAAACUUGAAAUUCAUUUGCAGAAACUUUCAAGCAAACCAAUAUUCGCUGAGAGAUAUCCCAUUAAGGCAUAUCACAUUGUCUAUGUUCUAUUCUCAAGAAAGAAGAAUGAUCAAAAAGCUCGAAAACUCUAUCAUGAGAAUAGUGAUAAGGCCAAAAUGCAACGACUCAUUGCCAAAUUCAAUAUUUAUGCAAGAUAUACCAUUGUAGAAGGUUCUGUCAAACUUCCAUUACUAUUCAGUGCCACUUGUUCAGACUCUACGAAAUAUGCAGCUGGAAUGUUGCAUGUGGCUGGUACAUUUCUUCUUUUCGAGUUCAGAUCUUCAAAUGUUUAUCAUCGAAUUUCAUUGCAUGAUAUUACUACUAUUCACUUGACAGAAGGAAUGUUCUCACGAAAGGGAAUUUCCAUUCACUUUAAUGAUUCCUCAAAUUCUGCCAUAUUCGUUGGCUCCACGUCGAAUCAUCAGAAAAAUGGUGUGAAAUUUUAUUUUGCUGAGGAAGGAUUGAGAGCAUCACUCGUGGAAUGUCUUCAAAAUCAAUUCAAAACACUGAAUAGAAAUGAUGUGAAAUUUAUGAAUGAAAAUACUACUCCAAGCAGUAAGAGUAAGCCAUUUUCAUUUCCAUUAUUUGGAAAAAAGAGAUCAAUCACUUCAGAGUCGAGUGAUUCCAUCAUUUCCAUGAAUGAUAAUGUGCCAAAUGAUGAUGAAACUGAAGAAUCCAGAGAGGAUGUCAUCAAGAAGAGAUUCGAUGUUGCCAUUGAUGAAGCAUGUAUGUUAGAUUUUUCAGCAAGUGUCAAAAUGGUACAAGAUGCAACCUUCCAAGCUUCUAUCUUUAUUUUCACAAGUAGUUUUUGUGUGUAUUCUGUGGCAGUGAGUGUGUGUGAAAAAUUCGCUUGGAAUCGAGUUCAGAAAAUUACAUGCUCUCCAUCCGAUGGAAGUCUACUCCUUUCACUGAAGGACUUUGGCGACAUGACGAUUUUCAACACACCGAAGGCAAAUAAUCUGGAGUUUUUGAAUCAAUUCAACAAGUGGAAAUCCCUCACUGAAAAUGUUCAAACCAAAAAAUCUCAAACUCUCAGUUUGGAAAAUUUAUUGAACUUAACCGAAGAGCAAGCCAAUCGAUACUUUUUACAAAAGUUUCAAUUACACAAGAUCAGCUCAAAAGAGAAACUCGUAACGUACUUUAUUAUUUGCAAUCAUCAAAACAACAUUCCAAAUGGUAUUGCCUUUGUGGCUGAACAAUAUUUGUGUUUUGAAAUUUUGUUCCAACCAGAAGCCAAAGAUACUGUCAUUCCAUUCACAAGUAUUCACAGUGUGAAACAAAAACAACCCACAGAAAGUCAAUUAGGAAUUAUUCAUAUUGAAACCACUCAUAAAUUGAGUUAUGAUUUGGUUGUGAUUCAUUCUGCCAUGCCAUUCGCUUCUCUCUUUCAACUCAUUACAUCAAAAACAAAACGUAGUCAAACCUUUUCACUUAAUCCCUUGAAUAUGAUUAGUAUGGGAAUGGGUGUGAUUGGAAGUUCGAAACCAUCUGGAAAUUCAAAUGAUGAACAUUCACAAAGAUAA